AUGAACGCUGAACCAGGUGUUCCCAACUCGGACCACAACCGCACACGACAAAUGCCUGGUGGGAACACAACCGAGCAGGACGCACUCGCCGAUCGCUUGCUUCGCUUUCUCGAUGCGUCACCGUCUCCGUACCACGCAGUCGAGACCGCAAAACUGCUUCUAGAAACAGCUGGCUAUACUGAGCUUCGGGAGGACUGUUCCUGGUUGGGGCGAGUUCAUCCCGGAGGACGCUAUUAUACGACACGCAACGAGUCAACAAUCGUUGCCUUUCGAGUGGGGCGAGCGUUUCACGUCGACGCGGUGAACGGCGGUGAGCUCCGACUCGUUGGCGCGCACACCGACUCGCCGUGCUUUCGAGUCAAACCACGAAGUCGCGUGAGCGACGCAAAUUAUGAAAAAGUUGCAGUCGAGUGCUACGGGGGCGGCCUCUGGUACACCUGGUUCGAUCGCGACCUCAAGUGUGCUGGGCGGGUCAUCUGGCGCUGUGCGUCCCCAACGGACCCGGCACAGGGCACCAGCCGAUCGACCAGUUGGCAGUGCACACUCGUUCAUGUACGGGAACCCAUUUUGAGAAUUCCAUCAUUGGCAAUCCACUUAGAUCGAGAAGUGAAUCAGGGCUUCGCCCCGAACCGACAAACGCAUUUGGUGCCGGUUGCCGCCACCGCAUUGAACAGAACAAAGUUGCCACAGUGUCAAGAGCGCCAUGCCACUGCACUUACGGGAGCAGUUAUUCACACUCUUCAACAGGACAUCAUGCCCGUUAAAGAAGAUCCGAUGAGCAUCACGCGUGAUGCAGGCGGUAUCGUUAUUCAUGACUUUGACCUCUGUUUGGCAGACGCACAGCCAGCGAGCAUUGGUGGCGUUCAGCGGGAGUUCAUCUUCGCUUCGCGUCUAGACAACCUGUUUUCCUGUUUCGCGGCACUCGAAGCGCUCCUCUCCCUGGAUUCCGAGGCUGGGGUGGAAAGCGGUGCCGAGUCGGCGGUCUGCAUGGUUGCGCUUUUCGACCAUGAGGAGUGCGGUAGCGGUAGUGCGCAAGGCGCUGCGUCUCCGCUUGUCAGCGACCUGAUUCGACGUGUUCUAGCGUGUUUAUGGACGGGGAAAACGGAUGCAGGCGCUUUCGAGGACGCUGUUCAAUACACGAUCCGCCGCUCAUUCUUGAUCAGUCUCGAUAUGGCGCAUGCUGUCCAUCCAAACUACGCGGAAAAGCAUGAGAGUGGCCAUCAGCCGCUCUUAGGCCAUGGCCCUGUUCUGAAAGUCAACGCAAACCAGCGGUAUGCAACUGACGGGUGGAGCGCUCAUCUCCUCCGCGCUGUUGCCGAAUGCUGUGAUUCACCUAUACCGCUGCAGGAGUACGUUGUGCGGAACGAUAUGCCUUGCGGCAGCACCAUUGGACCCAUUGUAGCUGCUGGUACCGGCGUACGAACUGUUGAUGUAGGUGCACCAAGUCUUUCAAUGCACUCGAUUCGGGAAAUGGCGCAUGUACGAGAUCUAUGGUACACCGUCAAGCUUUUGCAAGCGUUCAUGCGAUGUUUCGGUGAGGUCCGGGCGUCGCAUAAUACAGCGUGCGUGACGUAG